AUGUUUCUGACGGGUACCUACAAAGAAGUUAUCAAUGUUCCACUUUCCUAAAUAUUUCUAAAUUCGGAUUAUAGAAACCUUACUUUUAAGGAAUCAACCAAAGACUUUAUAAUUGCGGCUCCAAUUUAACUAUAUUCAGAAUUAAGAUUUGGUGAGAAAGCCAAUUCGUAAACAAUUUCUUCAAAGCUCUUUAAAUCUACCAAAAGCAGAGAUCCGAUAUAACAUAUGACUGCUUUGGUUCAUUAAGGAAACUAUUUCCUAUAUUAAAAUGUGGGUAUCUACUAAACUCUCCCGUAAAUUCAGCAUGUAUCUGCAUGCAAAGAAAAACAAGCUUCAAUUUGUUAUGACAUUGUUGAAUUAAAAACUUUGGUCAUCGUAGAAUGCUAAGAUACUCUCAACAAUAGUUAUUUUAGCAUUAUGUAGAAUGAGAAUGUAAAAUAACUAGAAGUAGAAAAACCCAAUUCUGAAUUUCGAAAACUUGAUUAAGUUGACUCCUAUUUGAUAAGGGGGACUGUUAAUAAAAUUGAUUUAUAUAUUGAAGAACAAGAGACACUAAAAUUUUUAAAAUCAUUAGAUGAAUUGUAAUUGAUCGAUUUGCUAUAAAAAGACAAUUUCAAAUUGUCAAUAAGAGAUUUCUAAGCACACACCAAUGGCUAGAUUAGCAUAAUGAAUGCUUUCGGUGAAAUAGUUGUAGUUGAAUACAAGAACGACAAUUGGCAAUUAAUUAAGACCAUUGACACAGAGAUGGAUGAUAUUCAAGGGUAUGACUAUGAUAUCUAUACCGACUCAUAUGUGAUUAUGAACAAGUCAGAGAUAAGAUACAAAUAGAUAGAUGAAGAGUGUUAGAAAAAGGAGUAUCUGAAUUUUAAUGAAUCCAACAGAAUUUACCUUACCAAUGGAAGUGUAUUACUUCACUAGAAGCAAGAUAUUACCUUAUUUACUUUAGGAUUGGCAAAAUUGUAGACCUUAAAUUUAGGGAACUAAAGUUAUUAAAUAAUUACCAAUCCUUACUCCAAUGGAUUUAUUGCUGUUAGUGAUAAUAUGACAUAUGCUUAUUCAAACAAUAAGGAGUAUUUCUUAUAAGUUACAUUUAAUCAGAUAUUGGAGUAGAAAUAUUUGAAAGUUGUGUUAAAUUAAGAAGAUAUCCCGUGGGAUUGUGAAAUAACAAUUUUCUAUAAGACUGAGAAUAUCAAUAAUGAUCAAAUCAUAACAUAACAAUAUUCGCAAGGUUUGAUUGCUUCAGGAGUAUAUUAGGACAAGGCUAAAGUGAAGUUAAGGCCUGUGUUUUAGGGAUCCAAUUUGCAAUACAAUUUCCAACCUAAUUCAAUCAUUUCCAUAACAGUUAAUCAAUUUAAGUAUGCAUUCUUGAAGAAUGUAACAGAAUCCAGGUAUAUUAUUUACAGAGAGAUAUUAUAAAGAAGAUAUUAACCGAAAUUAUAUUUAGUGGAAUAAGAUUCAAAUCUUUAACUAAUUGGUUAUUCAUGCACUAACUUUGCACCAAUUCACCUUAAUUGUCACAUUCUUUUUACAAAGCCAGAAUUUAUCAAAUUGUCUGCAACCCAGAAUUAGCUUUGGUGGUACAAUGAAGAUUCUCUGUUCUUUGCUGUUUUUGGAGACUCAACUAUAAUAAUAUACACUUACAUAUACAAAGACAAAAAGCUUGCUGUUCUAACUGCAAUUGUCUUGGAGAGUGAUAUAAAAUAGAUUGCCACAGAUGGCUAUCACUUAUUUGCGUCAACUGCAUAGGAUGUUAAGAUCUACUCCAUAACUGUUGCUGGAAAAGAGAAACUCUUGUAAACCAUAGAAGUUCAAGUUGACAAACUAUAUGCAUCAGAGGCUUAAAAAAACUACAUGUUUUUGGAAGUAGCUAGAACGUUGUACAUUUAUAACAUAGCAUACAACAAGGAAACACUAAUUUAGUUUAUAGAAAUUGAAAAUGAUUACGAAGAUACUAAUUUAGCUAUUUUUGACGAUUACUUUGUUAGGUUUGGUAAGAUCAAGGACAAAGAGGAAUAUGAUGUAAAGAUGUACAAUUAUAAAAAUCAGAAGAACAUUUAUCUAUAGAAAUAGAUAGGAAUUAAUGGCUAUUCGAAAAUUAAUCUCAAUAAUAUGAAGUAUUCAUUCAUCAAUAAUUUGUUUUACCUUAUUGGUUGGAACACAAAGCGAUAAAAACAUGUAGUCUUAAUCUAUUCAACCAAAUCAAGUAGUUUAGAUUCUCUCUUCAGCGUAAUUGAUGUAACAUUUAUGGCCUAGAUUUCAGCAACUGGAGAAUAUAUCUUUAUCACAGAUAAAGGAAACAAUUAGUAGAAUUUAUAAAUAUUGUACAUUAAAGGAUAGUUAUUCGUAAGCGCUAAAAUAAAUGAAAAUUAUCAAUAGGUUGAGUAUUCAAAAUAGAUAAACUUAAGUCUCAUAAUAAAUAAUGAUUCAUCUAAUAAAUUAAUCACAACAAUUCCAGUAAAUAUAGUAAACAGAGGAGUCAAAUUAUUUUAAAUUAAUGACUCAUUUAAUCUAACUUAUAAGUCAAGUAGUGAUGAAAAACAUUGCGUGGACUUAGGACAAUCUUGGUACAGUGGUCAAGCCUUGGAUUUAGAAUUAGCAGAACCAUCGAAGAAUGUUUAAUUCAAUCCAGUGUUGACUAAAUAGAAGGAAACCUUGGAGUUUAGCGUAUAUAUAAGAGAGUUCGAUGAUGAUACAUUAGUUUAAAUGAUGGGUAACAAGCUUAAGUUUCUAAGGAAGGCAGAUCUCUCUGUCACAGAAGAAUUUUAAUUGGAUUAAAUGUACACAUUUCAUAAAAUGUUCUUAAUUGAUGGACAUAAUAUCUAUAUUUAAGUUAUUACAGAUGAUACUAUCGAAUUGAGAAUAGUUUAAUGUCAAAAAUACAAGUGUGCUUUGUUGGAGAAUAGGCUUGAAUUUAAAUCAAUGAUAAAGAAUGUAUAUCUGCAUAUGAACUAUUUCUUUGUUUAUAUUGAAAGUUUAGUGGAGGUUUAUGACACCAAAGGAGCUGCAGUUAUGUUAGAAUCUUUUGAAUAGAUCCAGAAAUUCUAAUAGAACCCUGAUUUGAUUUAAAUGGAAUUUAGACAUUUAUAGAAGGAUAUAUAUUAAUUUAUUUCCGUGGAUUAUCAGGGUAAUCCGGAAUUACAAACAAGGCAAAUAUCUAGAACAUCUACAAUAUCUAAUUAUAAUACUACAAAUAUAUAGAUUAAGCCAAUAAUCGCUGAAUAUAAUAUCAAUGUGUAAUAGCAACAAUUCUCUGAUGGGUUUGUGUUAUGGAAAGAUGAAAUAAUCAUAAUAUUUAAGAACAGCGCAUCGUAUUCUUUUAAAUUCCAAAAUGAUUGCUAAAACAAAGAAUUAUGUGAGAUUAGUAAAUUUUAAUUAAACGGAGUAUAUCAAUAAUAUGGAGAUUGGUAUUUGCUUGGGAUAUUCCAAAUCUUUUUUGUAAGCCAGAAUUUCUUGCAUUUGAUCUAUUUUUAGGCUGAUCAAAGUUUGCUUUUAAUUUACGACCUUUCAACGCCAAGCAGCAAUUCCAAACCUAACAAUGCGAUAGUUGGAAUAACAUCUCCAUAAAAAAUAGGUGCUCCGAUCUAUUAGAUUACGUCGUUCGUGUAUAGUAGUGAUGAGAAGUUGCAUUUGCUGACAUCAAUUGAAGAUAAAGAUUAACUCUAACAUUACACAAUCUAAAGAUCCCCUUAAUUAUGCAUCGAUGAGGACUUCUUUUAAGAUAAUGUGAAAUUUAAAUUGUCAAAUCUAGAUUACUAAAUGUAUUUAGAUGAGAAGGUGAAGAUAUAGGAAUACAUGUUACCAAUUCCAAAAGAAGACAGUUUUCCAGCCUGGGCAAUAGUGUUGAUUGUUCUAGGGACUGUGAGUGUUCUUGGAUUUGGGUUAUUCAUGUAUCGCCAAGGUAAGAGAAAUAGAAUAAAGGAUCAAAGGGUUUUGUUGAAUUAAGUUUGA